GAAUAACAAGGUAGCAGUUCCAACGUUUUGCCAGGCAGCCAGUCAGUCUGUUAGUCAGGCAUUACCUGCAGUGUGCAAGCUCAGAGAGAUCUAUGAUGACAAUGCUAAGCUGCAAAGAGACAGAUACUCACAAUGCUCUCUCCUGCCAGAAGAGGCUCAUUCACUGCCUGUUGUUUUGGGUGACGCUGCUCUCCAUCUCGCAGAUUGUUACUUUGGCUCUACUUUUCACCUGGGCUUAUUCUGUAACACCUCCAUGUAGUUGUAAGGAAGAUCGACAUGUGAGUGGAUUCUUUGGCGCAAAAAGCAAAGCAGAAGGCAACCAGAAAAUACUCUGGAUUAAUAAGCCCAACAUGUUACGCCGCAUGACUUUGGAGGAGGGAGCGGUUAAAAUUCCACAAAGUGGCUUGUACUAUCUCUACACACAGGUCAGUGUGCUGAGGAACGAAAGCUCUAAUAACACAACAGAGCAGGAGCAGCUGGUCAAAGUGAUGAGAGACAUGGGGGAGGAGAAGGCCGUGCUGCUCAGAAGGGACUUCACGGUGAAGGCAGGCUGGAGGGUCCCCACCUCAGGAUACAUCGGGGGUCAGUUUUUGCUGGAUGAAGGGGACAAGAUCUUUGUCACCUUGGAGAAAGAGGCCAAGGUGAAGGAAGACGACCAGGAGACCUUCUUUGGUAUCUACAUGCUGGAGGCUGUGGACUAGAUCUUUAAGCAGGGGCUUCUGAACUUGAAUGGCCAUCUGCCUCAUCAGACUGCAAAUGAAUGCACUGGAGCAUUUCUUUCUUUUUUUAUUCACACUGGCUGUGUACGCUCCUGCAAAAAAGCUUGUGUCUUUCUGGAAGAGGACAAUGGAUUACCAUCCACUUUCGUUCCAGGAGAGUGUGUGGUGUGAACACUGGAAGCACGGUCUCUUCUCUGGACACACCCCUGCUACAGCAAUUGACUGUUUUGUUUUAAUAUUAUUCUUGUAAUUGUUCUUGUUGUUGUUAUUAUGAAUGACAGGUUUCUGUUAGAUAGUGAACAACCAGCAGUAUUAUAUUUAUAUUUUUCUACCAGGACUUUAAAUAGCUAUUUCAAGCCACUACCCCAAAGAACUGGCAAUUCUGACACACUCUGGGAUUUAAGACCAUCCAUCACAGCUAUUCAUCUUCAAUGGGGUUAAGCAGUGUUCUUGGACCCUGGACUGUUAUGUGGAAUGGAAGUUGAAAGCUACUGUCCUAUGGUCUAUAGCAGGUGUGGCCAAUCACAGUCCUGGGGGGCUAUUCCACUCCUGGUCUUUGUUCCAACCCUGUUCUGUUGUUUAGCUGAACCAAUCGAGAUCCUGAAGUAGUUAAUGAUGUAAUCUGUUAAACCAGGAGUGGAAUAGCCCUCCAGGACUGUGAUUGGCCACCCCUGGUCUACAGUGUUGACAAUCCCUCAGCUAUGAGUAUGUCCAUGUAAUUUUACUACAAGACUAUAAUUUGCCAUCCUGUUUAAUUAGAGGUUUUGAUUUCCAGGUUAACCUUAAAAUCAGAACCCCUGUGGUUUUAGUUUCUCGGUUCUCAGUAAAAACAUCAAGCUCAACAGCCCAAAGCACCCAAUCGAAAGACUGGAUUUGAUUGUGAACGGUCUUGGUCAACCCAAAUUGUCUGAUAUCGACCAGUUCUUUUGUGCAAUGGGGAAAUGACGUUUUCUAACAACGCAAAGAUUCUGCAAUGCAAUCCUUUAUUAAAACAAGCUUCCUUAUUUAUUAGUUCAACAAUUCAUCCUUCAGGACUGGCCAUGAUAUAUUCCAGUUUUAAUAUUACAUGUUAUUUGUGUCCUGCUUUUCAGUUUUACUGUCCAUUGUUUGGUAUCUUUAGUGUAAAUAAUAAUAAUAAUAAUAAUAAUAAUAAUAAUAAUAAUAAUAAUAAUAAUAAUAAUAAUAAUAAUAAUGAUUAAAUAAACUUAAUUUAUAGUUGGUAAUGCCCCCUUCACAGAUAAUCAUACAGUUGUUUUCAGAAACUUUGGGCUUGAAACUUGGCUUAGUCUGAACCAAACUGCAUCUGAGGUUGGAAGACGCCCACAGUGAUGGAGGAAGCUGGUAUCUAGUGCAGGAAUGUGUAUGCAUGAUCAGCACAAACUGACCAAAUUCAUGAUAGACUUCAAACACGAGCAAAUGAUAUUUCCAAAACUUACACCAAGAACAAGACAAAUAUCCUUUCCAUAACGUAUAAACAACAAGCGUCAAAAAAAAAAACAAGCCACCUCUUUGAGUUGUUUAUCCGACUAAAAACUUUUCGAAUUCACCUGGUUGACUACUUCAGACUCGGUGACGUCAGUUUCUUUGCUCAGUCUUCAGUUUUGUGAUGAAUCCACAAGACCAAUCCACUAUUUUCAGUUGAACUGGAAAAUCAAUCGAUUAAAAUAUCCAAGGCUGAAGUCAAAGAAAUGUUUUAGGGUUACUGCCACACGGAUAGGGGAUAUUAAAGCUGUAUUGCGGUUAUUUUAAAUGGGGAGACUUAUUUUACUACAGCUUUUUCUAAGGAUGAUUUGAUUCUUAACAAAUAACAGAAAUGUUGUGCUAGCAGCAUGUUGAUAGUAUAUAUAAAAAGAAUGACACAGUGGAUGUAUUUUCUUUGUACUUUUCUUUGA